GUUAUGUGAUUCUUAUAAAGUAUUCCAUGAAUACUUGCCAGAAGAUCCUAAUCAAGUAUGGAGGCGUUGACGCAGAAUGAAAAAAGUAUUUGGUCUUGUUGGGAAGAGAAGUCACCCAGGGAAGUAGUCAGGGAAGCUGCAGCUAAAGGCACCCUUAUCAACUUGGCUAUCAAGUAUUUACAAUACAAAAAUAGCUGGAAUGACGAAACUGCCAAAGACUGGUUUUUCGCCGAGGUGAAAGCAUGGACAGUGCAGCUACUAAUGAGGAAGCAGAUAUUCAAAGUGCUGCACAUACUGAAUAAAGUCCAAAUAAAUUCUGAAGAACAUUUGAUGACUCUAGCAGGCGAGUCGGCUCAGGUUGACUACAGAGAUUUCAUUGUGGAACACUUGGAGAAGAUCUCUAAAGAAAUUAAACCUGAUAAUGUGGAUAAAUGGCUUUCUUUCAAAAAACACUGGAUACUUCUAAGCAAACUUGAGAAAUCCUUUGAAAAAGAUGGGACGUUCAAGCAAAAUAAAGUAUUUGGAACGGGCACAGAAAGAAUAUUUGUGACAGAAACUGAAAUUAAAGCUUUGACUAUUGACAAAAUCACCAAAUACUCUGACCAGUGGAAAAGCAAAAUAGCUACAGCUUUGUUCUUUGAGUCAUUUGAUUUCACCUUGCUUGAAUUCUCAUCAUCAUUGGAAGUAUGGAAUUACUUACUAGAACAAAACAAGGCUAUGGUGCUAGUUCGCUGGAUCAACAUACAGAUGUCUGAAGUAGUCAGAGAUAUGAAUGCAAGAUACCUCUUCUUUAACAAUGAAAACUUUGUGAAAAAGAUUCUUAAUAUUGAUACCAAAGGUUUUGAUAAGCAAGAUGUAGAAAAACUUGACAAUGUCUUCCGCAAAUGGACUAUCAACAAAGAUAUGAUUGACAGUAUCAGUAACAGUAACUGUUUUGCAUAUACCAAAAUGUGCAUUUAUGACACACUAUGUUCAUAUGGCAUAGUCAGCGAUAAUGAACGAAAUAGUCUCUUUGCAGUCAUCUCACGAUUAGCAAGGACCCAGAAUUUGAAACUGAUUGAUGACAUCUUGUCUGAAACUUGUUCCACCGUCAGCCAAACUGAUUUUAAUAUUGAGCUUGCUAAAUACUGUGUAAAAAAUAAAUUGUAUAAAGUUUUGACAAUAUGUGUGGAGGGAGAAAUGUUGGGGACAGACUUGGAUGAAGUGGAUCAGGAGACGAGGGAGUGCAUUGAACUGUGGCUCUCCUUCAAGAGCAUCGAGCACACCUCGGACAAGCAGAGCCAUGUUGUGCCUGUGUACAAGACUUGCCAACAAAUUGCCAAAGGAGACAUAGAUAACUAUAUCAAUGCCAAUCCAUAUUUAGUCAUUGGAAUGAUUCUUCUCGAAGAUAAUGCCAAGCUGUUUGAUAUAUUUACAACAGAAGACUUACUACAAUUCAAAGACUUUCAAUUGCCAAAUAAAGGAUACAACGACAGGCUUCCUCACUUAAAUAACGUCCAUAAAAAAUUCACCGAAAUGACUCAGGCAUAUGAUAGCAAAGAUGUGAACGUUUAUCAACUGCUCUCGGGUUACCGCGGCCUCGAUGUAUCGAAAAUAUUCGAAUUCCAGCUCGUGAACCAGAACACCAGCAACGAAAUGAAUGAAAAAUCGGACAGGCGUAGUCUCGGCAGUUUGCUAGCGAACGACGUGCACAUCGACGCGGGCAGCAUAAAGCUGCUGUCUCAGAAGCUGAUGGAAGUGCCGCACUUCGCCAACGAGGAUCUGAUGAAGAAGUACGGGCACGUUGCGAAGUUGAACCACAUUUACUACUUGAAGCAGUACCGGCCGUGCAACGCGAGCCAGGCGUUCAUGGCGCAGCAGUACCACCUGUAUAACAGGCUUCAGGAGAAGAGUGUGAAGAGUGCGUGUUGCGAGGCGCACGCGCUGGCGCUGCAGGGCUGGCAGGACGCCGCGCUCACCGCCUGCGCCGUUUCCUUCGUCGCCAUGAUCGGCUGCAGCCCCGCGCGCUGCCGCAUCCACGUCACCGCCGCCGACAUGAUCCGCCGACACCUGGUUCAAGACCAGGGCUUAGCCGAAGAAGUCGCGAACAAAACCGUCAACGAAUACGUCACGAGACUGCUACAGAGCAGCGAUAAUGUUGCCGCAGAGAUUCUGCAGUACCUGGAGACGAUAACGUUGAAUAAGAUCAAGCAGCGCCUAGAGGUCGAAGGCAAGCUCGACAUGUCAUACGUCCUGUACGAGUCUCAAGUCAUGGUAAAGUUUGCGAUGUUGCACAACUUGAACUUACCCGAGACUUUGCUCAAAGAGUUUAUAGCCAGCAACUCUUGGUUCAACUUCCUAGUAUUUGGGGAUGUUUUCCGCUAUCCAUUGAACCAGAUGUUGCAGCUGACGCAGGAGUUUGAGAAAAAGUGCUACGCGGAGCACAUGAAGCACAUAAUGCUGUAUCGGAACAUAGAAGAGGGCUCUGAUAAGGAGUUUAAGUCGAGCGGCAACACGCUGCAGCGACGAAUGUCCAGGCUCAACUCUAUGGAUUUGAGCCCAACCCACAGCAGUACCUUCGAGUUCCCGUCAGUGUCUCUCAGCCGCUCGCUGUGGGAGGUGGCGGCGGGCUGCCACGGGCCCGAGGACCCGCCCGGCGCGCUGCUCCGCGCCGCCAUACAGUACCAGGAGCCGCUGCUGGCGCUGAUCGCCACUUGCUAUGAGCCAAACGCAGUGGGCGUGAUCUGGUGGCACUGGAUAGCGGCGUCCCUAGGCCGCUCCGUGGAGUCGCUGGGCGGCGGCGCGGCGCUGGGGCAGCAGCAGCUGACGCCGGCGCAGCUCGCCGCGGCCUGCGCGAUGUGUCUCCGCGCCGCCAGCGCCCGCGCGCUGCAUGAGGCCACGCUACUGUUCUUCCCCGAAAGCCCGCUAACCAUCCUCACGGCGUUCCUCUGCCGUUGCAUCUGGCAGCGCGCCUUCGACUCAGAAACCAGUCGCCUGCUGUCCUCCUUCACCCAACACUGCCAGAGGAAGUACAGCCUGGAGACCGCCUCCCCGUGGGUUCUAUCCAAGCAGAGCCUCCAGGGCAUCGCGGUCACGCUGCUGAAGAUAGCCCUGAGUGAGAGCUUCGACAGCGCGCUGCAUCAGAGAGAGUUUCUCAAGUGUCUCGUUGAUGCACAGUUUGGGAAGGAGUUUUCAGCUCCAUCGCCGGACUUCGAAAUGAUCUACGAAAUCCUGCAAAUAUCAAUGGAGACAUCUAUGGUCGUGGACGUCUCAAAAAUGUUGACAGACGACUCUCAAGAGUACCUUGCUCAAUGGGUGGAAAUAUACACGGCCAAUAAAAACUACGAUGUGGCGCUCAAGAUAGCUAAACUAGCGAGCUUGCCAGUUGACGACAUUCUGACCGCAGAAUGGACUCACAAACAAGAGCAACUUCUCAUGAAAGAAGAUACAACACCGGAAGACAAAGACCGAACGCUUUUCAUAGCGCAAUGCAGCGAGGCAUUCAAAAAGGCAGCUGUCACCCUCAACACCGCAAUCAACUUUCUCUUUAACCGAGUGAACGAAAUCACAGACGCGGUUCAGAAGUUCUACGCUUACAGAAUCAUCAUGAGCUGGUUCGAGGAACAUCGGGAAUACGGACUGACGAGAGAGGAAAUAGAACACCUCAUGUGGGACAACUAUCUGCAGAGCGAAGCGCAAAACGAAAUAUUCCUGAACAGCUCACAAAGCACUUUGCACUUCAUCCUCAGCGGGCAAAAAGACCAAUCUUUCGCCAAGAAAAUCGGUCUAAUAAACUCUGAGAGACCAUUUUCCAUGCUGCUAAGCGAGGUCGAGAUAGAAUCCGACGUGGCUAAUAUAACGAAAGUGGUUAUUCUCGAAGACCUGGAAGUGAUAGAUGUGUGGAGGAAGGUGUUGAGUCAACUGCUCGAGAUGAAGUUGAUGGUUGAUGCGUUUCGCCUGUCAGCCUUGUUCCAAGCGCCUUCAGAGUACAGGUGUAGGCCUCCGCCGUGCCCUGUGCAGAUUGUGAAGACAUGUCUGAAGCUAGCGGAAGGAUUGUGCUCUCCGUACGAGCUGCCUCAAGAGCUGAGGCUGGUGAUCUCGUCGCCCUUCCUGCAGAAUAAACUGACCGUAUCAGACACCAGCUUCGAGGAGCUGGUCAUCAUUCAAGAGAAGCAAGACAACGCGCCAGAAAACGCAUCCCACCUCGCGGCUAGAGAAGACGCCGACCGCCUAUCAGCCCUCGAAGCCCUAGCGGCUAGAAGCGGCCUAGUCAUCGCGAAACAAGUGGCUAAUUACUUCAGAAUAUCCCUGCAGAUUGGAUGGAACUAUGGGACCGUGCUCAAGUAUCAGAAUAACCCCAUGGACUUUAUAAGUUACGUCAGUGGCAGGGCGCGGAUGUCGCUCGCUAAUCUGAUAUUUAGGACCUUCAAUAUUUCUACCAAACAGAUUUCGGAGUUCCUCUGCCACGAGAUGGUAUCGGCCAUAAUAUCGCCGCAUCUGGUGAAAACGUCUUCAUUCCGUCAGAAGGAACACUUCCAGUACACUCUGUGGGGCUACGCUCUCAACUCUGACAUGGAAAUGUUCCUCAACAUGCGCCCGGACGCCUGCAGCCAGAUCGGGAGACUUAUUCUAGACCACCUGAUGGCAUUCCGCAAGAUCUACAGGUGCUGUAGCCCCUCAAAGGCCCCCGAUAAUCCAUUAGACGACAGCUCGCUCGAUGUAGAAACUCUAAUUGAUGAAGAAUACUCGACAGUCGACGAAGCAGAACUAGAAUCCUUGGCGAACCAAUCAGCGAACACCGAUGGUGGAGUUACAACGGUUUCCACGGAAACGGAGUCUGUCUUCUCGGUUUCCACGGUCUACAGCAUCGGAAACAAACUGUCGCGCGAAUCAAGGAGGAAUCUGUUUGAUGUCAUUACGAAGAACAAAGUGCAUAUUCCGUAUGAGGUGAAGUCGAAUAUAAGGAGGAUCACUAAAGGAGCCAAAUUGUCCACGAAGCAGGUGAACAUAAUCUCCAUAGAGCUGCUAGUGUUAGCCCACGAAUGUUUCUCGUGCGCCUGCGACACAGAGGGCGUGGCGGUCGUGCUGCGCUCGGCCCAGGCCCUGAUCUCCCAACUCCUCGCCGCCCGCUCCUGGCGCCUCAUGGUACGGAUACUUACCGGCCUCGCAAGAUACACAGAAAUGGCCUACGUCUUCCAAAUGCUUAGAGACAACCAUCAGUUUGAGUUCUUACUCGGACAGUUUGAUUAUAUGCUGGGCCAGCAACAGGAUAAGAUCACGGAGUUCAAGCAAGGACUGCUAGAUUUUCUAAAGAACUAUUGCCCUGGUGAUACGGAGACAUAUAUCCUUGUAGCGCUGCAUUUUAAUAUGUACACUGAAGCGGCAAAUGUCAAGAAGAAGCAAGCGUUGGACCUGAUUAAUGACUUGGAGAAGCUGGCGUUGGACGCGACUAAAGCGACAUCUAAAAAGCCGUAUCAAGCUCCCGAAUGGCUACUGAUCCACGACUGCGCAAGCACUAGAUCGCUGCUAGAAACUGCGUUGAAUCAUUGUACAGACGCUUCAGAGUUGUAUUUGCAAGGCGGGUGCAUGGGGUUUGCGGGUGAAAUGGCGGAUUUGGCUCAACAAAUAGCCCUGCAGAUAUCUUUACUGAACGCGUCACCUACGCGGCUGAUAUUGAGGAGGAGCGCGGAACAAAUGUACAAGUUGGUCAGCGAGUAUUUGAGCUUCAUGGAAGGCCUAGUCCUGAUGGUGGGGCGCGGGGGGUCGCAAUGGGCCGAGCUGGCGUACCGGCGCGUGCUGGGCAACGACCAGGCCUACCUGCGAGACAUGGCCGCCUACCGCCCCGAUGUAGCCGCUGACUUCUUGGCCAGAUACAAAACUGAAAGGAAAACGACGGCUGCGUCUCAAGCAGCCAUGACCGAGCUGAGAGCACUGUGCAGGUGACAAACACG